AUGCCGCUCUGUCUCACCUUCAUCGACUUAGAGAAAGCCUUCGGAUCAGUUGAGACGGAAGCGGUCGUGGAAGCCUUGGACAACCAAGGCGUCCCUAUUCAGUACAUAAAGGUACUUCGAGAGUUGUACAGUAACUUCACGACAGGAAUUUUGCCAUUCUACAAGAACAUCAUCAUUGACGUGAAGAGGGGGGUCCGACAGGGUGAUACCAUUUCACCCAAAAUAUCACAGCCACCCUCGAGAACGCAAUGCGAAAGUUGGGAUGGGACGACAUGGGAUUGA